UUUCCCGGAAUCCAGAUUCCCAGGACAGUAUAAAAACGCAACCGAGGACCCAUGAAUUAAAUGAUAGCAAACUUGCAGGGGUGAAUUGAUUUCAAUCAACAGCGUAUACAGGAUUCAAUUCGCCCUUCUCUGGAAGACAGCCGCUGUUACAGCCCAAGUUCAGCGCUGAUAAUGGCUUCGUCUGAGGGAAACAAGCUUUGGGGUGGCAGGUUCGUGGGAGCGACAGACCCCAUCAUGGAGAAAUUCAACGCCUCCAUUCACUACGAUAAGCGAAUGUGGGCGGCCGAUAUUCAAGGCAGCAAGGCCUAUGUAAAGGCCUUGGAGAAAGCUGGGCUGGUCACAAAGGCUGAAAUGGAGCAGAUUCUGGAAGGGAUGGACAAGAUUUAUGAAGAAUGGUCCAAAGGAGUUUUUGACAUCAAAGCAGGUGAUGAAGACAUUCACACAGCCAAUGAGCGAAGACUAAAGGAGCUGAUCGGAGAGGCAGCCGGUAAACUCCACACCGGUCGAAGCAGAAACGAUCAGGUUGUGACUGACAUGAGGCUGUGGCUGCGUGAUGGCAUCUCCACGGUAACCGGCUACCUCCUGCAGCUCAUCAACACCAUGACUGAGCGGGCUGCUUCGGAGAUUGGCAUUCUGUUUCCCGGGUACACCCAUAUGCAGAGGGCCCAGCCAAUCCAAUGGAGUCACUGGAUCCUCAGCCACGCUGCUGCGCUGUGUCGAGAUGUGGAGAAGCUGGAGGAAAUGAGCCGCAGAGUGAACAUCCUUCCCUUGGGAAGCGGUGCGAUCGCUGGCAAUCCCUUCAACAUUGACCGGGAUCUUCUUCGGAAAGAGCUGCACUUUGAUGCCAUUAGUGUGAACAGUAUGGAUGCCACCAGCGACCGGGACUUUGUUGCGGAGUUCCUGUUCUGGGCCUCCCUGUGUGCGACGCACCUCAGUAAGAUGGCAGAAGACCUUAUCAUCUACAGCACCAAGGAGUUUGCCUUUGUGAUGCUCUCCGACGCCUACAGCACCGGGAGCAGUUUGAUGCCUCAGAAGAAGAACCCAGACAGUUUGGAGCUGAUCCGUAGUAAAGCCGGCCGCCUGUUCGGCAGGUGCUCAGGAUUUCUGAUGACUCUGAAAGGACUUCCAAGCACGUACAACAAAGACUUGCAGGAAGACAAGGAGGCCAUGUUUGACAGUUAUGAUACGGUGUGUGCCGUGCUGCAGAUCGCUACGGGUGUCGUUUCCACUCUCAAGGUCAAUCGCACUGCAAUGGAAGCUGCCUUGAGCACAGACAUGCUUGCUACAGAUCUGGCGUAUUAUCUCGUCAGAAAAGGAAUGCCUUUUCGAGAAGCCCAUGGUGCCUCUGGGAAGGCUGUUCAUUUAGCCGAGACCAAGGGCAUUCCUCUCAGCCAGCUAACCCUGGAAGACUUAAAGACAAUCAGCCUCUUGUUUGAGAGCGAUGUGUCCCUUGUGUGGAAUUACACUAACAGUGUUGAACAGUACACCGCACCAGGAGGGACAGCGGAGAGCAGUGUGAGAGCCCAGAUCCAGCACCUCAGAGACUGGCUCAAACCACGCAGGUCCUAGGCGAGGGGCUAUGGGAUAUGGUUUCAAAGAGUUUAUGCCACUCCUCUUAAUAUUAACCCCUUGGUUUUGCAAAACUGAACUGAAGUUCUCUUACGCACUCCCUAGUUGUUUGUUUCUCUGCUGUGUGCAUCACUGUGGAGUUUUUGUCAUUCAUAAAAUAGGAGUUCAUUCAAGUGGGGGUGAACACUUUGAAAAUGCAGCCCUUGCCAGACAGGGGUCAGUGUGUUCCAGAAAAUAAAACAAAAUACAAAACGAA